CUACAACUCUUUCGGUAUUACAGCCAACAAAAAACCCUCACAGAAAAGAAAAAAAACCCCUUAAACCCUACUAAAAAUGUACAGAUUAGCUUCAAAACUUGCUUCAUCAAUCAGUUCUUCUUCCGCAAAGAAACUGGUUGGUAGUAGAGUUCUGCUGAGCAGAAAUUAUGCAUCCAAGGACAUUAAUUUCGGGGUUGGUGCUCGAGCAGCAAUGUUGCAGGGUGUUACUCAGGUUGCUAAUGCUGUGAAGGUCACUAUGGGGCCUAAGGGUCGUAAUGUGAUUAUAGAGAGCAGUUUUGGUGCUCCAAAGGUUACUAAGGAUGGAGUGACUGUUGCCAAAAGCAUCAGUUUUGAGGACAAGGCUAAGAAUGUUGGUGCUUCUCUUGUAAAACAGGUUGCCACUGCUACAAAUACGACUGCAGGGGAUGGUACGACUUGUGCAACUGUUCUUACACAGGCAAUUCUCACCGAAGGCUGCAAAUCAGUGGCUGCUGGUGUCAAUGUUAUGGACCUACGCAAGGGUAUCAAUGUGGCAGUCGAUGCUGUUAUCUCUGACUUGAAAAGAAAAGCUUUGAUGAUCAGCACACCAGAAGAAAUUGCCCAGGUGGGUACCAUUUCCGCAAAUGGUGAAAGGGAGAUUGGGGAGAUGUUAGCAAGAGCAAUGGAGAAAGUUGGAAAGGAAGGAGUUAUCACCGUUGCUGAUGGUAAUACUAUGGAAAAUGAAUUGGAAAUUGUGGAAGGAAUGAAGCUAGGGAGAGGAUUUAUCUCGCCUUAUUUUAUUACCGAUGAGAAGACACAAAAAUGUGAAUUGGAUCAUCCUCUGAUUCUUAUUCAUGACAAGAAGAUAUCUGACAUGACCUCGCUAGUCAAAAUACUGGAGGUGGCUGUUACGAAAAACAGACCCCUUCUGAUUGUGGCUGAGGAUGUCGAAAGUGAGGCUUUGACGAUGUUAAUACUCAACAAGCAUCGUGCUGGAGUUAAGGUUUGCGCCAUCAAAUCUCCUGGUUUUGGUGAAAAUCGUAGAGCAAACUUGGAAGAUCUAGCGGUGCUCACAGGAGGCCAGCUUAUCACAGAAGAUCAGGGUUUAAAACUUGACAAAGUACAUAUUGGAAUGCUCGGCACUGCAAAAAAGGUCACAGUUUCCCUUGAUGACACCAUUAUUCUACAUGGUGGUGGUGACAAGAAACUCAUUGAAGAAAGAUGCGAGCAGCUUAGGACAUCGCUGGAGAAUAGCAGCUCCAUGUUUGACAAGGAGAAGGCACAAGAGCGGUUGUCAAAGCUGUCAGGAGGUGUUGCUGUCUUCAAGGUUGGAGGAGCUAGCGAAGCAGAAGUCGGAGAGAGAAAAGACAGGGUCACAGAUGCUUUAAAUGCUACAAAAGCUGCGGUGGAAGAGGGUAUUCUUCCAGGUGGUGGUGUUGCUCUUUUGUACUCUUCAAGAGUGUUAGAUAACCUUCAAACCGCAAACAAUGACCAAAAAAGAGGUGUGGAGAUAAUCCAGAAUGCGUUAAAGGCUCCAACAUUUACGAUAUCUGAAAAUGCUGGUGUUAAUGGUGCCGUAGUUGUAGGCAAACUAUUGGAUCAAGAUAAUGUCAAUCUAGGCUACGAUGCUUCCAAGGGUGUGUAUGUCAAUAUGGUGGAGGCCGGAAUCAUCGAUCCUCUUAAAGUUAUCAGAACAGCCUUAGUAGAUGCUGCCAGUGUCUCGUUACUACUGACAACAACAGAAGCGUCAAUUGUGGAGAGUGCUGAUGCGAAAAGUUCAACGCCAAGUCGAAUGCCACAAAUGGGUGGCUACUAAUCAUUUAGGUAGAAACCAUAGAAUAGAUCAGUUGGUGGACUGUAAAAUUAAGAUAUUUUUUUUGCCUUUUAUGUUUCAAUAGAGAAUUUAUGAUAGCUUGUAUACAAUUGUAUGGAAGAGAAUACUGCAUACAGAAUAAGCAGAGAUCACAAACAUUUCAUGA